AUGCUGAAAGAGGCGAUCAAAGCGGUCGCGGCCGCGCGAAAGAAGAAGAAAGGGCGAGAGAUCGCAGAAAAGUCGAUCGCCGAAAAAAAGUCGACAACAACAUCAGAAGAGAGUGAUGUUGACGACGAUGAUUCCUUACCUUCAUCGAUCUCGGAUGAAGAAGACAAAAACAAAAACAAAAACAAGGAGGCGAAGAAAAGAGGGAGGAGUUCGACGGAUUCUGGGGAAACGUUUGAAACCACAACGACGGGGACGAAUAACAACGGUACCUCGGAGGAUUCGGAUGAAGACGGCGAAAAGAAAGAAAAGAAUAGAAAACGAAGGAUGAGGAGGAAAGGGAGUCCGACAGACACGGACGACGAGGAGGAGGCGUAUGUGAGAGAACUAUCCACGCAACAACAACGGCUGAAGAAAGUAAAGAGGACGAAUAUGAUCGAUACAAAUACGGCGAUGAUGACGGCGCUCGGUGGUGGUGCCGUUCCGGCUGCGCAAGUUGCACCGAUAGCAGUUCCACAGCUGACGUUAGACCAAAUUCAGCAGUUGCUUGCGCAGCAACAAUUGAUGCAGAUGCAAAAUUUGCAGCAACAGUUUGUACUGCAGCAACAGGAGCUCAUGAGAAAUCCGCCGAAAGAUUUCAUGUCAGCGUUGCAGUUUUUGCAACAGCAGCAAGUCCAAGCCAUGUAUAAUUUUAAUAAUUCUGGUGCCAAUGCAGCCUCCGCUGCAGUCAUGUUGAAUCAAGCGACAUCUGGAUCGUUACCCCCGAGCCUUUUAAAUUCUCUUUCUUCGGCUAUGAACGGCGGCAACAUAGGAAACAACGCGCUCGCGCCUUUGAUUCAAGAGGAAUUGCAGUUAAAGUUGAAGCAACAACAGAUGAAGGAGUAUCGAAAAGAACUUAAAAAGAAAGAAAAACUCCUCGAGAAGCAAAAGAAGUAUCCGUACGCGAAUGAGAGUUUUAAAAGUAUCAUGAGUCAGCAAUUGGAAGGUUCGAUGGAUCAACAAAUGGAAGAAGACGAGGAAGGUGACGAAGAACGAGCAAGGGCGACAGUCUCAGUUCAAAGACAAAGCGAUGAUAGUGGUCGCAUCGCGCCCAAAGCGGGAGCAUCUGGUAUUGGAGUCCCGACGCAGUCGGCUGCUACGACGACAACAACGAUAACGCCUAGUUUGAAAGAACAAAGAGAAAUCCUGAACGCCAAAAACGCGAACCACAAGGAAGCGUCGCAAUUCGUUUCUGGACGCGCCUGCGGCGUGCAAGGAUGCGAAUUACUUUGCGAAAAAAGUCGCUCCUUAGUUGGUGUCGUCCAACAGUGCUGCGAAAUGCACAAACGCGAAGACAGUUUCAACUUAAAAGAAAGAGAAGGCGUCUUUCGAUGGUGUUUCUACUGUCAUCGUCCUCAGAAAAUCGAAGAGUUUUCAUCGAGUAGUAAAUCUAUUUGCAAGGAAAAGUUUGCGUUGCGAAAGCAAAGACGUAAGUUGGCGAGUCAAAAGCAGAAACUUUUAGCGGAAGCGUCGAAGACGCAGAUAGCGAUGCAACAAUACGUGACGGUAGAGCAUCUUCAACAACAACAACAACAACAACAACAACAGUUGAUUGAGAUGAUGCAGUCGAAACAAGCGAAAUCAAAAUCUUCUAAGAAGAAAGAAAAACGACCGAGGACGUCGGAGGAAAAGGAAGCCAUGCGCGCUUUGUGCGAUAUCCUCGCCGAUGAGGAACGAAGAGAGAGCGAAGAGAAACAGCGCGCCGAAAAAGAAUCGUCUCAAGAAGAUGCCUGA